UUGUUCCCGUCUUUAAUGUGCAAUCUGUUUUCUCCAGCGGAGGGCACUCAGUGUAUCACAAACUCAAGCAUUAGCACCAACAAGCUCUGAGCAUCAUCAGUCUCUGGAAAGCCUUCUGAAUUAGACAAGGGCUGCCUCUCAGCACAGCUACAAAACACUUUAAACCUGACCAGCUAAAUGGAUAAACCUAGCCUGCAUAGCUUUUAAACUGGGGUCUCAUACAGCACAGGAGGCCUACUUGCUUCAAGGACUGAAAAUCCAGAGGAUGAAUUGCUUUAUCUGGGAAUGGCAAAAGCCAGCACAAUAAGGAAUGCCAGUUUGUAUGGGGCUACUAGCUCACAUGCGGGAUCAGAAUGGUGUGAAUGACAGCCGCACUGUGUCAUGAAGGUGGUGGUGGUUUCCGCACAAGAGACCAAAUAAGAAGAAAGCUGAGACAGGGGGGAAACGUUUUUGGAUGACAAAGGAUGGGUUUCCAUUUAAUUACGCAGCUGAAAGGCAUGAGUGUGGUGCUGGUGCUACUUCCUACACUGCUGCUUGUUAUGCUCACGGGUGCUCAGAGAGCUUGCCCAAAGAACUGCAGAUGUGAUGGCAAAAUUGUGUACUGUGAGUCUCAUGCUUUCGCAGAUAUCCCUGAGAACAUUUCUGGAGGGUCACAAGGCUUAUCAUUAAGGUUCAACAGCAUUCAGAAGCUCAAAUCCAAUCAGUUUGCCGGCCUUAACCAGCUUAUAUGGCUUUAUCUUGACCAUAAUUACAUUAGCUCAGUGGAUGAAGAUGCAUUUCAAGGGAUCCGUAGACUGAAAGAAUUAAUUCUAAGCUCCAACAAAAUUACUUAUCUGCACAAUAAAACAUUUCACCCAGUUCCCAAUCUCCGCAAUCUGGACCUCUCCUACAAUAAGCUUCAGACAUUGCAAUCUGAACAAUUUAAAGGCCUUCGGAAACUCAUCAUUUUGCACUUGAGAUCUAACUCACUAAAGACUGUGCCCAUAAGAGUUUUUCAAGACUGUCGGAAUCUUGAUUUUUUGGAUUUGGGUUACAAUCGUCUUCGAAGCUUGUCCCGAAAUGCAUUUGCUGGCCUCUUGAAGUUAAAGGAGCUCCACUUGGAGCACAACCAGUUUUCCAAGAUCAACUUUGCUCAUUUUCCACGCCUCUUCAACCUCCGCUCAAUUUACUUACAAUGGAACAGGAUUCGCUCCAUUAGCCAAGGUUUGACAUGGACUUGGAGUUCCUUACACAACUUGGAUUUAUCAGGGAAUGACAUCCAAGGAAUUGAGCCGGGCACAUUUAAAUGCCUCCCCAAUUUACAAAAAUUGAAUUUGGAUUCCAACAAGCUCACCAAUAUCUCACAGGAAACUGUCAAUGCGUGGAUAUCAUUAAUAUCCAUCACAUUGUCUGGAAAUAUGUGGGAAUGCAGUCGGAGCAUUUGUCCUUUAUUUUAUUGGCUUAAGAAUUUCAAAGGAAAUAAGGAAAGCACCAUGAUAUGUGCGGGACCUAAGCACAUCCAGGGUGAAAAGGUUAGUGAUGCAGUGGAAACAUACAAUAUCUGUUCUGAAGUCCAGGUGGUCAACACAGAAAGAUCACACCUGGUGCCCCAAACUCCCCAGAAACCUCUGAUUAUCCCUAGACCUACCAUCUUCAAACCUGACGUCACCCAAUCCACCUUUGAAACACCAAGCCCUUCCCCAGGGUUUCAGAUUCCGGGCGCAGAGCAAGAGUAUGAGCAUGUUUCAUUUCACAAAAUUAUUGCCGGGAGUGUGGCUCUCUUUCUCUCAGUGGCCAUGAUCCUCUUGGUGAUCUAUGUGUCUUGGAAACGCUACCCAGCCAGCAUGAAACAACUCCAGCAACACUCUCUUAUGAAGAGGCGGCGGAAAAAGGCCAGAGAGUCUGAAAGACAAAUGAAUUCCCCUUUACAGGAGUAUUAUGUGGACUACAAGCCUACAAACUCUGAGACCAUGGAUAUAUCGGUUAAUGGAUCUGGGCCCUGCACAUAUACCAUCUCUGGCUCCAGGGAAUGUGAGAUGCCACACCACAUGAAGCCCUUGCCAUAUUACAGCUAUGACCAGCCUGUGAUCGGGUACUGCCAGGCCCACCAGCCACUCCAUGUCACCAAGGGCUAUGAGACAGUGUCUCCAGAGCAGGACGAAAGCCCUGGCCUGGAGCUGGGCCGAGACCACAGCUUCAUCGCCACCAUCGCCAGGUCGGCAGCACCGGCCAUCUACCUUGAGAGAAUUGCAAACUAAUGCUGAAGCCAACUCCUCACUGGGGAGCUCCAUGGGGGGAGGGAGGGCCUUCAUCUUAAAGGAGAAUGGGUGUCCACAAUCGCGCAAUCGAGCAAGCUCAUCGUUCCUGUUAAAACAUUUAUGGCAUAGAGAAAAUAAAAAGAAAAAAAAAAAACUGCUUGAAGAGGGCAGCGAAUGCACCUGCAGCAUUACCGGGAGGACUGCAGAACUUUCUUUGCUUUAAAACAUAAAACAAACAAAAAGCCUCCCGGAUGUAAAUAGUAAGAGUGUCAAGUUCUUAUAAAAAUAGAUUUCACCCUAGCUACAUAUAGGUUUGUUUGUAUAUUUGAUUUUUCUACACUGCAUGGUUCCUGGGCUGGAGAACCACAGGGGAGCAAAUAAACAGGGGUGGGUGGGAAGCUAGGGAAACAACCGUUUUCCUCUUUAGGUGUGUGUAACUCUCACAGAUUUUAUUUAAAUUGCUUUCAUUUAUUUUUUCUUUAAAACUGCUGUUUGUUCUUGUUUUGUUUGUUUUAAUUUUUUUCUUUCCUGGUCAAGUUUCUAAUACAAAACAUGAGCAUUAAAGCUUAUGUUGUACCAAAAGAAAAUGUGCUUUACCACGGACCACGGAGUUUGACAAAACUACUGGAAAACCCAAUAAGUCUGGGUGAAUGACCCUUCAAGACAAAUGCCAUAUAUGGUACAUGAUAGAAUGAAUUUUGUUUUGUCCCAUUGGCAGCCCUCACUGUGUAGGAUGUCUGAGAGAGCCAUGAAGAUCUCCGAAUGAGAAGACCAGAAGAAUCAUUCUCAUGUGGACUAAGGCUAUAAGAGAGAUAUGACCAUGGGCUCAAUGAAUGAAACUGCCAAGCUGACAAAUUUCUAAACACAAGAUAAUGUGUAACAUUGCUUUUUAAAUUAAUUAUCAAUUAGCUUUUGUGUAGUUUUUAUCAAUAAAAGAAAAAAUAUUGAAAAAUAAAUAUAUUAUUUUGUGGUUGGUAUACCACAGCCCACCUAAUGCUGAGUGCUUUAUCUGUAUAUUGUGGAAUGCUUCUAGUCUAUAUCAGGGUACUUCAAUAAGAAUCAGUUGGUAUCUAUCAAGUGUUUUCUGUGUGUUCCAUGGUCAGAUAGGAAGGCCCUGUGAAGUGUAGAAAAGGAAUAUGAGAUGUGGUUUAUGCCUGGUAUGGUUUGUCUGUGUCCUUACCCAAAUCUCAUCUUUAAUUGUAGUUCCCAUAAUCCCCACAUGUUGUGGGAGGGACCCAGUGGGAGGUAACUGAAUCAUGGGGGUGGUUACCCCUGUGCUGUUCUGGUGACAGGGAGUAAGUUCUCACAAGGUCUGAUGGUUUUAUAAGGGGCUUCCCCCUUAGCUCAGUUCUCAUACUUCUCCUUGCUCCAGCCAUGUGAAGAAGGACGUGUUUGCUUCCCUUUCUGCCAUGAUUGUAAGUUUCCUGAGGCCUCCCCAGCCAUGCUGAACUGUGAGUCAAUUAAAAUUCUUUUCUUUAUAAAUUACACAGUCUUGGGUAUGCCUUUAUUAGCAGCAUGAGAAUGGACUAAUACAUGCCCCAAUACAUUUCACAAUUAUUUUCAGAGCUAUGUGACCUUACUCUAAUAAAAUUACAUAAUAAUAUGAGAAAAAGUAAGUAUCCAUGGAAGGGUUAGAGGUUGUCAGACCUUAUAGAAGUGAAAGAACUGUGUGGAAAUUGGUUACUAACUAGGAAGAUGGAUAGCAUCACCCAUUUUUUUUUUAACAAAGGAGAUCACUGCGUGCACAUCAGUUGAGACAUUUUCUCUCAACUUCUUUCAUGUUGUAAUGCUACAUCUUAGCAAUUCUCUAACUGUGGACAUUCUCCUGAUGUGUCCACUGGUGUAAUUUGCCUAGUUUUAUUUUUAAAACUAAAUUAUACUACAAAAUUUAUGUCACCCUUUAUUUGGACAAGUUUCAUGUUUUAAGGCAUGCUUACUUAUAGUGGCCCUGCUGAGUGUUCCAGAACCAAGUUAAUAGCUGCCAUCCAUUUAAUUCCAAAUUCUGCUGAAUUAAUAAAAGAGCCUUGUAAAUACCAUCACAUCACAGCAAACUAACUGAACAUGUUUUGUUUUUUCUCCCUCAAAGAAGUUCUGUUUUACUACCACUUUAAACAAAGCUUGAAGUUAAAUUCUAUCCCAAAUGAUACAAAUAGUAUGUCACAUUAAAGCAAAAUUCAAUUGAGGGAAGUUUUUUUCAUGUUGGAACACAGGGCUAUUGCUGUUGAAUUCUGUUAUCUUUCCUCUUAAUAUUAUAUUCUGGGUUACAUGUGUUUUCUUUUUUUCUUUUUCUUUUCUUUUUUUUUUUUUUUUGAAACGGAGUCUCGCUCUGUCGCCCAGGCUGGAGUGCAGUGGCGCAAUGUCGGCUCAUUGCAAGCUCCGCCUCCCGGGUUCACGCCAUUCUCCUGCCUCAGCCUCCCGAGUAGCUGGGACUACAGGCGCCCGCCACCAUGCCCGGCUAAGUUUGUGUAUUUUUAGUAGAGACGUGGUUUCACCGUGUUAGCCAGGAUGGUCUCGAUCUCCUGACCUUGUGAUCCGCCCGCCUUGGCCUCCCAAAGUGCUGGGAUUACAGGCUUGAGCCACCGCGCCCGGCUACAUGUGUUUUCUUAACCAUUCAAGUAGAAUCAAUUUACUAUAAGUUUAAAAAUUAAAGAUAAUUCUUUGGCAUUGUGAUUUUGUUUUCAGAAACUAUUCAAUACAUUUGGAAUAUGUCUUCCCAAAUUACAAGGAUUUUUUGGUGGGGGUCUUUCUGAACUACAAGGAUUCUCUUAAUCCUUCUCAUCUUCUCUAUCUAUCCAAUGUCCCCCAUAUACCAUAUCCACCACACCACCCCUUCCAGAAUUGAUUUAUGAGAGGUCACACGUGAAAAAUCUCGAUCAAAUUUGGCUGAUGUCAGCUCUAGUUUUAAUUCUGUUUCUUAUAAUCAAAAAAGUCAUAAAUACAUAAGACUCUUCAUGUUAUUUAAAACUGCCAUAUUUGGCCAACAGUUGCCUCAAGGUUAAUAUGAAAUAAGUGAACUACUAGCAAAACAGAUAGUAUUAUAAAAAAGUUGUGUCCUAUUUAUAUGAAAACUUUCGAAGAACUUAUUUAAAAUGUAAUUUACAUAUGCCAGAACAGUUUACACUGAGCUCCAGAAAUCUAUGAUUAAAACAAAGAAACAAACAAAAACUCAAACCAAAUUUACUUUAGUAGGCUUGGAAAAGUCCUCAGUUGAAAAAUUCAGGCUUUAUACUGUAUGAAGGGUCAAGCAAGUUUUCAGAUAAAACAGUGUGUGUGUGUGUGUAUAUAUAUGCUAUUUAUAUACACAUACACAAAUAAAUAGUAUAUAUAUUUAUUAUAUAUACAAAUAUAUGUAUAUAGUGAUAUUUCAACAAAGGGGUUAGGAAGAAAAUAGGAUUAUUCAUCACUUAAGCCCAAAAGUCAAUUAUUUUUAUGCUGCAACCCUGGUGUAACCAAGGAGGAUGAAAGGCUUCUAUUAGUCAACACUCAGGAUAAAUUGUCUUCUGGGCCUAAAAAUGAUAGGGAACAAACUUGCCUAUGGAGGGCACUUUCAUCCCUUUUUUUGUUAAUUAUCAUGCUUUGCUAUGCAAACCGAUUGCCCCAGAGUCCUUCUUCCUUAACAUGGAAGAGUGUAAUUGUGAAUUGUGACCCUAGAUAAUAUAUAGAUUUUUUCACUUUCUUCUAGAAGUCAAGAAUUAUGUUGAUUGUACUUAUUUUUUAUGUUGAAAUGUUAAAGAGCCCUCUCAAAGAAAGUUAUGCUUUAUUUCAAGACUAUCCUAAUUAGUAAUUUGAUUUUACACUAUAAUGCUUAUUGAAUUUCUGAAGGCUAUGCAGGUUGUAAUUUCAAAGUUGAGGAGUCUCAUGGAGUAUUUAUAGAGCAAGGGCAUUAAAAUCAUGCCUAAAAGCAAUUGUGAAUGUGACAGAAUACAGAUUGGAACAAUCAACUAUCCAAACAUUCUGAUUAACUUUUUUCAUAAAUAUUCUUCGUAGUGCUGAGUUUGCUUUACUUAUUGCAAGAUGCAAUAAAGAAAUAGCUUCGAACAGAGGACUGAUUGGUAUAUGUUUAGGUGUAACUGUGGUUUAACUUCGCAUCUUAUUGUACCUCUACUCACAGAUUGGAGGGCCUAACCCCAGCAUGUCUGAUCCAGGUCUGAUAUGGGGUCUGAGAAUGUCUUUCUAAGUCCCCAGAUGAUGCUGAGGCUGCUGUACGUGCACUACAUUUUAAGAACCACUGCCAUAGAGUGUAGAUACUUAUAUCUCUUUAGGUUGAGGACUCUGUAUGAAGACUUAAAAUUUGCAUUUAAUAUUUACUUAGAAUUUAAUGUUAAAUUAAUCUUUAAAAUAAGAAUUAAUUUAAAGCACAUAGUAGUUUUAUAUGUUCAUGCAAUAUGAAAGGCUCGUAUCUUUACAUAAAGAGCAUUUUCUAAAAUAUGCUGUGUAACACUAACAGAUGAUGCUCUCUGUGAAAGCAAAGAAGCGAAAAAUAAACAUCAGUAGCAGUAACAACAACAACAAAAGAGGUUUAUAUGAUCAAAUUAAAUUCAGAAAAUAUUGCAUAUGAUAUGCUCCCCUUGGAAACUCACAAGGCAAUUUAACAUUUAAACAAUAUCAGACAUACUGCAGUCAAGAAACCCAUUUAACUUUGUUUAACCUGGAGUUUUCUAAACAUAUUAAACUACAGUAUCCUUCCUUAAUUUAAUAUCCAAAAAAAAUCCUGCAGAACUAAUUUUCUAUAGAACUCACUUGGGAAAUGUUAAUUUAAAGAAUGUUAUUUCUUUGACCAUCAAGAAAAGCAUGUACCUUUGCAGAUAACUAUUUCUACAUUUACAAAUGACACAGUGUACACCUAUUUCUGAGAUGCAUGUAGAUUUUUUAAAAUCAAAGACAAUAUAUUUUAAUCUCUCUAACAAUAAAGCAAAUGUCAAAUAUACCUGGAUUAAAUGAAAAUGAAUAAUUAAAAUGAUGAAAAUUUGAUAUCAUGAAUGAGAAGUAGAUCUCUCCAUAGACAACAUUCCUAUUCCAUCGGGGAUUAGACUCACUGUUUCUAAAGUGUAAGGCAUUUUAAAAUCAAAAUAAACCACCAAAAAGUGCAUGAAAAUGUGGAGAGCCUUUAUUAUCUGAGUUAACAAGUUCCUGGUAAGUCACUGGGCUUAGAUGAUGUCAAUCAUUCAUCUGUUUUCUGGGCCAGAGGUGCCCCUCAGACAGGUGAUAGUAAUGCUUGCCGGAAGGGAAGAAAGAAAGACCAACACGAACCUUGGCUCAUCCUAUCAAAGUUAUUUCCUUAUAGAAGCCAGGAAAUUGAUUAUGGUUUUAGAAUAAAUUUUAGACUUACUGUACUCAUUAUUGUUUCCUUUUCAAAAUGACAUAAGAAUAAAAAUGAGGUCAGAUAUGAGCUGAGAUUUUGUACUAGUUAAGAAAGCUAUUCUACUGAAAAUAAUGGAAGAACUAUGUAAUAACAAAUCCCUGGAAUCAAAACAUCCAAAUUCUUGAGUUUGGCUAUAACUCUUUUGGGGGAUAUUCACUUGAUUUUAGUUAAUGGAGGAAAUACAACUGAGGAUAACUGAUGUCAGGAUUAAUUAGAUAGUUAUAUUAGUCUACUCUGACUUUCAUAACAAAAUGCCAUAAUCUUAAACAACAGAAAUAUAUUUAGAAAUAUAUUUUCCUUACAGUUUGGAGGCUGUAAAAUUCAAGAUCAAGCUCCUAGGAGGCUUCAGUAUCUGAAAGGGCCUUCUUCCUUGUUUGCAGACAGCUCCCCUUUUCUCUGUGUCCUUAUACGGUAGAGAGAGAGUGCAAGCUCUUUGAUAUCUCCACUUACAAGGAAAUUAAUCCCAUCAAAUCAAUUCUUCACUCUUAUGACUUCACUUAACUGUAAUUGCCCCCUUCUAGACCUUAUAUCCAAAUACAGUCACUUUGGAAGUGAGGAUCUUUAACACAUGAAUUUUAGGGAGACACAAUUCUGUCUAUAGCAGGCAGGAAUGCAUAAACACAUACACACAAACAGCUGCAACAUAUCUAUGAGAAUGAGCCAACUGAUUUUAAGAAGAAAAAGUACAUAAUAAAAAUAGCCAGGUUAUUCUAGCAAAUGAAUGCUUGAAGGAAAGAUUAGCUGGAAUUAUGAGUAGGUCUGAACUCCAAAUGUGUUUAUAAGGAAAGACUAUAUGGUUUGCUUUUCUGUUUUAGACACAUAGAGUAUUAAAAUAUUUCUUAGUAAGGUCAUAGAAUAUUUUAAUUAACAAAAUUUUAUACAGAAUUUCAAUGUUUUCAAGUAGAUCUAUUGCUUAGAAAAAGCAUUUCCCAAGCUGGUUUUUCACUAGUCCCAAAAUGUACUUUGCACAAAAAGGGAUCUAAGGUCAAGUCAAGCUAAGGGGAAAGCUUCAUAUUUUAUCCACCAGCCCAGAUAUUCUCAGUACUCAUUAAUAUAUUCAAAGCUUUGUGAAUUUCUGUAGUAAAGACGCUAUUUUAAUUCAGCAUUUCCCAAUUUUAUUGGAUUGUGGAAUAUUCUUCAUUUAAAUGAAUGCUAUUGGGAACCUGCAGAGUUAGUUUUCCCCAAAAUACAUUUAGGAACACACUGUAUAUCUGAUGAAGGGUCACCUAAGAAAGAUAAAUGGGAACUUUUAGUGUCCAUGGAAAGUUCUAACAUUUACUAAUGCAAGAUUCUGGAAGCGUUCAGAGCUUGUGACCAGAGUAUGUUAUGUAAACAAUGCAUAGAACACCAAUUCCUAUAUAAGCAGAGGAUCAGAAUGCUCAGUAUUUUAUCAUGGUUUGACUAAGACUGGGACAUAGUGUUUGUUAGCUAUGAAAUUUGCCCAGAGUUUGUUGAGUAGUAGCAUAUUAAGAUGUUGGAAGUCAUAACAGAAUUCGUGAAUAAACUGGAAAAUUUUAGACAAAAUAAAAGAUUCAGUUGGGGCAAAACAUUUCUGUCUUCAGAGAUUGAGGUGACUAAAACAUAGAUAGUGAGAGUAUGCUUUUUCCCUUUUCCAAAUGCAAAAAAAAAAAUUGGCUGGCAGCUUUUAGUUAAAAUGUAUUCAUUCAUUAGGCUAGUGCUUAUUAAGCAUUACCAUGUACCAGCCACUCAUCUUUGUCCUAUUAGAGAUUACAGUAUCUCCUGGGAUAUUUUACAGACUAGAAAAUUAUCAAUUAUACUGCAUACCAAAGAUGCUACAAUAAGGAAGAACGGGGUAAAAUUGAAACAUACUAGAGUAGCAUAAUUGGAAAGAGUGGAAGUACUGCAUGGAGGGUUGAUAGGGUAGAAAGAGUAUUCCAAGGGCAAUAGUCAACCCAGAGAUAAGAAAGAACAUGAAUGAUUCAAAGAACUGGAAUACAGUAAGCAAGGGAAGAGGUGGUCCAAAAUGAAGUGGAAAAGGUAAUUAGAGGAUAGAUAAUACAACACAGGGGCAACUAUAUUAAGGAGCUUGGGCUUGAACUUUAGGAGUCUAGAAUUUAUACUACUAGCAACCAUGGGGGAGGGGGGCGGGGUCAUAGUGGUUCUUACUGAUUCAAUAAACCUAUUUUGACUUUUGUAUGAGGACUGGAUGGAAGGAGCCAGACCAGAACUUUGAAUACCAGUAACUUUUAGAGAAGUUAUUGUAAGAUAGCACUUGAGAAAGGAUGAAGACAUUAUCUAGAAAGAUUCCAAUGGGAAUUGACAGAAGAACAAAAUUAAAAGGAUAAUUAAGAUUCAUAAAGUGCUUAUCAUCUACCAUGCACUGUUCCAAGAAUUUGAUUUUAAUAACCCACAAAAACCGUUUUAAAUUAAGUAUGUUUCAUGGGCCCCGUUUUACAAUGAGGUUGCAACCAAGGAGAGGUUAAGGUAGUAAGUGAUAGAACCAUGAUUCAAAGCCAGGAAGUCUCCUCAAGAGAGAAGAACCCUUAGCACCUAUGCACUAUGGCUUCUUAACACUUAAUGUGAGAGUUAUUUAGAAAGUAGAAAUGGUAGGUCUUGGCUGUUGGAAGCAGGCAAUGAUAGAGAAAAUGGGCAGGAGUUACUAAGGAAAGCGCCCAUAUAUCUGCCUUGACCUGUUGAUAUUAUUCUCUGAGAAAGCAGCCACAGGCAGGACAACCUUGUAUGUGGUAUAACACAACAAAUGCCUUUUUAGACAUAUUGAGUUUUAAAGGCUUAAAAACUUUCAAAUGGUACCAUUCAGUGGCCAGGGAGAUAUGCAGAUCUGAAACUCAGAAAAAAAAAUGAUGGUUCUGUAUAUGUUAGAAUUUGAAGCUGAAUCCUAAGAAUCAGAGAAAUGAAUUAUGGAGGGUGUGUAGAUUCAGAAGGGAAGGAGGACCAUAUCAUAACCCUGGAUAACUGUAAAAGUACUGUGAAAGGAAAAUAUCUUGGGCCCUCAGAAUCACUAAACUAAAAGGAAAAUUCAAGCUGAAAACUGCUCAGAGCAAACCUGCCUUCUAUUCUAUUCAAAGUCAUCCUUCUGCUCACUUAGAUGCAUAUUCUGAUUCAGAAUAUCAAAAGAAUCUCAAAAGAAUGCAACCAUUUGUCUCUUACCUACCCGUGACCUGGAAGCCCCCUCCCUGCUUUAAGUUGUCCCCACCUUUCUGGAAAGAACCAAUGUACUUGUUACAUAUAUUGAUUAAUGUCUUAUGUCUCUCUAAAAUGUAUAAAACCAAGCUGUGUCCCGAACACCUUGGGCACAUGUCACCAGUACUUUCUGAGGCUGUGUUAACCUUGGCAAAAUAAACUUUCUAAAUUAAGUGAGAACUGUUUCUAAUUUUCUGGGUUUGCAGUACCAUCAAAGAAGAAUCAGAAAGAUUACCCAGAGAAAUAGCUUGAUAAUAAGAAUGAGAUUCCAUUGAAGCUAAGGAAAGAGAAAAUUUUUCUGCUUUGACAAGUAACAAAAUGACUGUCUUGCAAGUAGUGAAAACUUGUUACUGGAAAUAUUAAUGUUGGAUAUCUGAUGACCAACUGCAGGGAUAGUGUACAAAGUGGUCUGCAUUAGUUAGAAUUUUGAACAAAGUGACAUUUUGAUUCCUUUUUUCCUCUUUUGAGAUAGAGUCUCACUAUGUGGCCCAGGCUGGAGUAAAGUGAUAUUUGCAGGCCUGACUAUAGCUACUAUAGCCUUGAACUCCUGAGCUCAAGCGAUCUUCCUGCCUCAGCCUCCCCAGUAGCUGGGACCACAGGUGCAUACCACCGUGCCUAGCUGAUUCAUUGCAACUAUAAGAUCUUAUGAUUCUGAACGUUUUUUCCAUUCUGUGGGAGAUAACACAUAUCCCCUGAGCCCCAAACUGUGAUGACUCUUCGUACCUGAGAUGAGAAGCACAUCCUGGAGUUCAUUUUCUCCUUAUCAACUGUCUGCCAAUUUCUAAUUUGUUAUGCAGGUAUGGCAGACAGGAGAGGUAAAAUGAAAUACAUAUUAUUUUUGAAAUUUUCCAGUCCCUAAAUUAAACAUUGAAUGACUGGAGAGCUUAUGCUGUUCUUGUUUUAAAUUGCCUAUCAACUACUUAAGGGCUUUCCAACUUGCCGAGACUCUGGAGCCCGACAUACAUUAGGUAUGUAAUAAAAAGAAUAAAAUUGUGAUUUCCAGGGGCUGAAGGAAGGGAGAAUGGAGAAUUGUUAAUCAGCAGGUAUAAAAUUUCACCUAUGCAAGAUGAAAAAUUUUUAGAAGUUUGCUAUAUUGCGCCUAUAUAUAACAAUACUGUAUUGUACACUUAGAAAUCUAAGAGCGUCUACUUAUAGCCUCAUAUUGUGUUCUUAUAAUGAAAUUUUUUAAAUAGAAAAUGAGGCUGGGCACAGUGGCUCAUGCCUGUAAUCUCAGCACUUUGGGAGGUUCAGGCAGCUGGAUCACCUGAGGUCGGGAGUUCGAGAUCAGCCUGACCAACAUGGUGAAACCCUGUCUCUACUAAAAAUACAAAAUUAGCUGGGCGUGGUGCCGCAUGCCUGUAAUCCCAGCUACUCUAGAGGUUGAGGCAGGAGAAUCGCAUGAACCCAGGAAGUGUAAGUUGCAGUGAGCCGAGAUCACGCCAUUACACUCUAGCCUGGGCAACAAGAGCAAAACUCCGUCUCAAAAAAAAAAAAAAAAAAAGAAAGAAAGAAAUGAAUAAAACAAAUCCAUGUUAUAAUUUUCGUGUUUAAAAUUACUGUCAGGGCCGGGGGCAGUGGCUCAGGCCUGUAAUCCCAACACUUUCGAAGGCCAAAGUGGGUGGAUCACCUGAGGUCAGGGGUUCAAGAUCAGGAGUUCCAGCCAACAUGGUGAAACCCCGUGUCUGCUAAAAAUACACAAAUUAGCUGGGCAUAGUGGUGCAGGCUUGUAAUCCCAGCUGCUUGGGAGGUUGAGGCAGGAGAAUUGCUUGAACCCAGGAGGCAGAGGUUGCAGUGAGCCCAGAUCGUGCCACUGCACUCCAGCCUGGGCAACAGAGCGAAACUCGGUCUCAAAAAAUAAAUAAAUAAAAAUAAAAAGAAAUAAAAUUACUGUGAGGAUACCGUUUUUGAAUAGCAUUUUUUAGUUUUUUAACUUCAGCAUACAUUCCAACUUUUAUUCCAUGGAGAUUUCUUACACCAAGGGCGGUCAAGGACUUUGCCUGACAGUAAGAGAAUGAUUAUUUGAGUAGUGCAUGAUUUUUACUUUUUUGAUAUUAAAUAUCUAUGUGUGUAACAAAUCUCAAAGCUUGUGUAAAGAAUCUUCUUAGAUCUUGAAAGUUAAAUUGUCCAAUUUCUUAUUAAUAUUCACAAUCCCCCCAUACACACAUAAAUUUCUUUGAAAAAUAAGAUUAACUGUGUUGUUUAUAUAAUGAGACUGAAAUAAACUGGAUCAGAUUGAGAAAAACUGUCAUAAACUCUGACUCCAUUUUGAUGUUUGGCAUCUGACAUCUUUCAUGCUGCACUCUUCACCACUCCCCUUCUGCCCAGUGUCUAGGUAAGUUGAUAGGAAAGCCUAAGUGCUCUUUUUUGGUGUCAGUGGGAAGUUCAAACCAUGCAAGCCUCAGGCUAUACAUAGGAACCUACACUCCAGCCCCAGCUUGUAAGCACCAUAAAUCCCAAGCCUUUUUCCUCGCUCUCAAGACCAUUUUUAGACCAGCUUGGGAGCCUGCCCUAUUCUCCACAGAAAGAUUCUUCAUGUUAAUAAGAAACCUUUUUAUAUCCUCUUGGUGCAUAUGAGGUGUCAUUAAACUCAACAUCCAAACCAAAAAACAAACAAACAAACAAAAAUACCCACACAGAAUAAACAUUGCUUGCAGGUUCUAAGAAUUCUUGUCCCCUCUUUGGGCCCAAAAAUUAUCCGACAAAUAUUUAAUAUCAAUUCUAUGCCAAGAACACUUGAUAAUGGCCAUUUUUUAAUGGUCUAUUACACAAUCAAUAUUUUUCUCCUUCCAGAAGAAUGAUUUUCAUCUGCUUCCCCCUUUAUUCUCACAUGUCACAACUUAUAAUUCAGGUCUUCUUUCUCCUAAUAAGUAGAACAAAUGAAUGAACAUAUGCAUGGCCCAUGGAAGACUUCUUUUACAAAUUUGUAAAGCUUUAUCAACUAAAUUUGUAAAAAUACACACACACACACACACACACACAACUUUAUCUCAUUCUCUGUAGAGAAAUUUGGGAAGUGUUGACUAGCUGCUACUUGGAUGACAUAGUUUUCCUUUUCAAAUACAGAUAUUUUAAAAGCCUUUGAUAACUCAGUUUACUGUUCAUAUGUGCCCAAGAGUAAGUGGUAGAGACUAUGCCAUGCCUUACCAGAUCAUUUUCUUUCCCCGUAGAACACAGGAAAACUACCAUUCUCAGUAUCCCUGAUGGUUAGAUUUGAGCCACGUGAUUGGGUUCUUGGGAGUAUAAAAAUUAGUGGAAGUGAUUUGUUGUUUGCAACCUGUGGCAGUUAAGAAUAGGUAGGUGGGAAUUCUCCAUUCUCUUUUUUUCUUGUCCAUGUAGCUGGUGAAAAGAUCCUGGCUCCCUGAGUUAUUGUUAAGUAAAAGGUUCCAGAUACAGCCACCUAAAUACAUUCAACAAUCCUGGAAAUUAGAGUAUUGUGCAAAAACAGAUUUCAGGGAUUUUGUUACUGCUACAAAGCAUAGCUUACUACGACUAAUACCAAUACCAAAAUAUCCACCCAAAAUAAUUAAUUUAUGAAGUAAAUACAAAGAUGUCUCUGUGACCCUGAAAUGUUGUUAACCAGUUACUUUAGUAUCCAGUGAGAAACAUCUUACAUAUUUGCAUAGUGAAAAAAUUAUUCAAGUAAGCAUAACAAAGAAGACUUUUAUUCAUAACCAUCAAGAUAGGCAUAGGGACCAAGACAAUGGGAUUUUGCAGUGGGGGAAAUAGAUUGGGCUGAACUCUGAGUACAGCAUAAUCAAGUGGAAAUUUGUAGCCAAAGAGCAAGUCUGGGGCCAGUGGAUGGAAAAUUACUAAGAGGAAACAUCAGAGGUAAAGGAGAUUCUGGGUAAACCAACCUACCAAGAUUCUUGUUGAAGACAGGCCAGGGUGAUUAGACAACACCUGGGGGAUGGUGGAGGAUGAGAAACCUGAUCAGCUAUCUGAGAUACUGGGGGAUCAGAUAUUGAGAAUAGGAGGUUCUUGCUAAACUGACUUAGCAGGGUUCCUUGCUAUUACUGGAUUUUACAAGGAAGUAUACAUAUGGGCCUAGGAUAAAGUUUAGAGCUUAACUAAAGUGUGGUCAAGCAGAAAAUCUUUUGCAACAUCCACUGAUACGGUAUUUUUAAUUACUCUUUUGUUUUUUUUUAUAACAAUUCUUUUUUUAAUUUGCUACCCUCAAAAUCUCUUGAUUGUUCUUACUCAUCCCACUGUCACGUUUAUUUUUCAGAAUUUUAUUGCCCGGUUCUUUUCAAGCCCUUUGUCGUAUUUCUCCAUUUUCAAUGUUACCUUUUCAAAGAAUAUCUUAGCCUUUUGGAAUCUAUCUUCUUAAAAUGAGUAUAUCAAAAAGGGCAGGACAGAGGUACCCUUGCUUGGCACUAGAAAUUAUCCCCAGAGCAAUCACAGAAGUUGUUUAAUAAUGUAUCAUCAAAAGUAAGAUAAAUUACUUUGCCUGGAGUAUGUCUUUAAUUUGUAUAUGUCUGUUCUCAAGGUCCUAUUUCUUAUUUCAAAGAGCAAGGUAAAUUGCCUACAUGUAAGCUAAUGAACUAGCUAUUUGAAAUCAUUACUUCUUUACAAUUAGUGCUGUUGGAUCCCCGAGGAUCCAACUCUUGCUGGUUAAAUGUAAUUUUAUCCUACUCUGUGUAGAAAUAUGGAAAAUGUUGUCUAGCUACUGCAUAGAUAAAGUAAUUUUCCUUUUCAAGUGUAUUUUCUUUGUAAAAAUAUAUUGUCAGGCUUUUAUAACGCUUAAAUUUCCAUCUUUUUUGUUUUAACAGAGAACAGUAAAAACACGUCAAAAAAAUUUGAAACAUGAACCCAAAUAUUAAUUUGAUUUCUUCAAGGUGUCAAAAAGCAAAUAAUGAAAUAUAACACUCUGAGUUAUACAUGGCAAAUGCUUAAAUUGGCUUUAAUUUAGUAGCAAAUAGUUACCCUUUGAAGCUAGAAUUAUGAAUGGUUUGUAAAUAUCUUUUGCAAGAAAUUGUGGUGGUGGUGAUGAGACAGAUACAUUUGGAUAUUGUAAAUCUGGAAACAUUUCCUAGAGACAUGACUUCUCCCACAAUUUUUUAGAUUGAAUCACAAAUCAGCAAUAGUCUUUUCUGUUCCUUUAUUUAAAUUGAGAUUCUGAGUAUGAAAACAGAGUCACACUGAAUGUAAUUUUCUUCUUCUAAACUCCUGUGAUUUAUUUGUUUUGAUCUGGAAGUUAAUCAGAUAACAACUCAUCAAUAUCUUUUAUUAUUGUCUUACAUUUUUAUUGAUUCUAUAUUAUUUAGCAUUAUUUCUUUGUAAGUCUUGGUUCUCCACCUAAAUUGUAAAGCAUUGAAGAGUUUUAUGCAUAAAGCUUGUUGCAUAGUAAAGUGUCCCUAAAAUUUGCCUUCUAAAAUAUAUGGCAAGUAACUCCCCACAAUUUUAUAUAGUUCUGCAAACCUAUAGGGAACUCCCAAAAUGUACAUACCACAUGCCCAUAUCCAUGUUGAUCACAAUUAGGUUGUGAUCCCAAAAAUAUUAUAUAAAAUCUUAGAGUGUACUAGACUAACACAGCCAGUGAUGGCAGCAUUUCAACUACUCAACUACUCCCUCUUAUAAUUAUGCAAACAAUAUCUAAGUAUUUAAGCAUCAACUCAUUGAAUGAGUUUAAAGAAUUUUUCUAGGCGAAGACAGGCCAAAAUGACGAAGACACAGAAAUUAUUAUAGAAACUCCCGGCCACAGUGAGGACCAGACUGUUUCACUGGACAUUUUUGGUUCACAGAGACAAAAAAGACGGAAUUCAAUGACUGUAGUAACCCAUAAUGGUCUAGCAACUGUUAGUUAGUUGGUGAAAUGGUACAUGUCUUAAUAAGAGAAAAAUGAUUUUCCAUGGUAUCCAUGACAAAUUGUGCUUGCUGUGCUGAAGAUUUCAUGGUGAUUGACUGGUAGAUUAGCAUUUAGGAAGGACAGCUUUACAAAUGUUUACAUUUGAGAUUGAAACACAUUUUAUUGAUUGACUUCCAAGCAACAGAAAAUGUUUUGAAAUUCCUUUUUCCACUAAGAUCUUUCUUGUUUUGUCACUAGAAAUGACUAGAAAUUUAUCUUUCACCAAAUACUGAACAGAUUUUAACUGUGGAUGUGGUAUAAUAAAAAAAAAUGAACUGUG